CCUUGCUCUGUCGAUCGCAGGCUCUUCCGUGUCGCAGUCAUGUUUUCAGACCACUUCACUGCUGACCAAAGCCAUGGAGGGGGCUCGUUCCAUGGCUAGGAUAAUCGGCAGGGAGUCCAAAAUCGAUGCAGGAUCUAUGAUGGGGAUGACUUUGCAGCCUCAAGCUUUGACUGGAGAGAUGCGCCUGAAGAAUGUGAGCUUCAGAUAUCCCAUGCGACCUCACGUCGAGAUCCUGAGAGGCCUGUGCCUAACCAUCCCGUCCUGCCAGACCGUGGCUCUCGUCGGCAAGAGCGGCAGCGGGAAAUCAACCGUCCUUGCCCUGCUGCAGAGGUUCUACGACCCUGACCAUGGCACUGUAACGCUUGACGGCGUGGACCUCAGGAGCUUCAAGGUCAGCUGGCUGAGACAGCAGAUGGGGCUGGUGGCGCAGGAGCCCGUCCUGUUCGACGACACCAUCUGGGCGAACAUAACGUACGGCGCACCCGCCGGUGUGUCAACACCAUGGGAGGAGGUGGUGGCAGCAGCCGAGCUCGCCGGCGCGCACGGCUUCAUCUCCUCCCUCCCUUGUGGGUACGACACGCGAGUCGGGGCACGCGGCGUGCGCCUGUCCGGAGGGCAGAAGCAGCGGGUGGCCAUCGCGAGGGUGGCGCUGCGGGACCCGCGAGUGGUGCUCCUGGACGAGGCGACGAGCGCGCUGGACACCCAGUCGGAGCGCGCCGUGCUGCGGGGCGUCCUCGCGAGGCUGGUGACCGGCGGGAGACGGACAUGCGUCGUCGUAGCGCACCGUCUCGCGACUGUCGUCGGGGCGGACAAGAUCGCCGUGCUCAAGGACGGCGUCAUCGCCGAGCAAGGGCGACACGACGAUCUGAUGCGACACAGCGGUGGCAUUUAUGCAUCCAUCGUAGCCGCUAGCUAAUGAGCUAAAACUGUAUAUGAUGCAGUUAUAAUUUAUUUGCACCCUGCUUCGUUCUGUUUAUAUCAUUAUAGAUGCGUGUGAUCAUGUUUUGCCCAGAUUAUGCACUUCUGCCUAGUAAAGUUCGAUCCCGUACAAUAUAUAUGUUGUUGCCUGUAUUAGUUAUUACCUACCAC